CCGGCUCCGUUUUCUGUGUCCGCGCGUCCGCCAUGUUUGUUUACAUCGAGAAAACCCAAAAAUCGCCAAAGGUUUCCUGCCAAGUGUGUGUCCCUCCCUCGCCCCAGCAUUAAACCCACACUCUCGCAGCAUCACUCGACUCACAUAUCAAACCUAGGGCGAAACCGAGGACGUCUAACCCCAUGAGUUGAUGGGCAAGAUCCUACAUCAUCACCGUCGACUUUUACCCCUUUUCUCCAAGUUAUUUUCUCAUAUGAUGUCAAGAUUCGUCCCUAAGAGCCAGCCUAUGAACAACCGGCCACGUUACAGAUCAAUGGAGCUCACUUUGCCACCCCGGGAACGUACCACCAGUACUGACAGCUUGAUAGAAGAUGGUACAAAACGCAGGUCUUCUUCUCGAGCCAUUAAGAGGCCAAAGUUUGAUGAUGAACUUGUGGAGUCGAGUCUUGGGGGUCAGAGCUCUACACCCAUAAGCAAGAUACGCACUCGUAAUCCUUCCCUUUCUACAGCGUCAGACUGCUCUGUGUCAUUACCACCAACUCCGUCUGUAACCUCAGAUGUCCGUAAACGCUUAUCAUCAAAGUCUUCCAGCAAACGAGCAAGAAAGGGACGAGGGUCUCAGUCCAUAGUAACAAAAGAUCUUGGACGUUGGAAACCGACUGAUGACCUGAGUCUUAUUAUUGGGGUUCAGCAAACUUGUGACUUGGUCACUGUACACAGGGGUGUCAAGUUUUCAUGCAAGUUCACCCUUGCCGAAGUACAGGAACGCUGGUAUGCUUUGCUGUAUGAUCCAACUGUGUCCAGAAUUGCUCAACAGGCCAUGAAGAACCUACAUCCUGAUCAGAUACAAGCUGUACAAUCACGUGCAUUGUACAGCAAGGCAGAAGAGGAACUUCUAGGGGUUAUAAAGUCAAACUCAAACCCAUUACUCCAGACAUUUGAAUCACUCCUACAAGAACAUCCCAAUGUUUUCUACCCUGCUCGUACAGCCAAGGCCCUCAUGGCCCACUGGCACCUCCUGAAGCAGUACCACCUCCUGCCUGAUCAAACGGUUCCUCCUCUCAACAAAAAUGGUCCUGUGAAGGACUUCUCAGAGGCUGAGCAGCAAAUCCAUGACUCCGAGCUGUAUGAAAGUAGCGAUGAUCUCUUAGAACAUGAGCUUGGUGUGGCCAGCAGAGGAAGCAAGAGAGAAAUACGGUUACUAGAGGACCAGGUUUCUAAGUGGCAAGUUCUCGUAGACACUGUGACAGGAAUCUCUCCACCUGAAUUUGAUAAUCAGACACUUGCUGUUCUGCGUGGCAGAUUAGUAAGGUAUUUAAUGAGGUCACGUGAGAUCACCCUAGGUCGCAAGGCUGCAGGAGUGAAUGUAGAUGUUGACCUUUCUCUUGAAGGUCCAGCAUGGAAAAUAUCUCGUAAACAGGGCAUAAUCAAGCUGCGGAACACUGGAGACUUCUUAAUAGCCAAUGAAGGGAAGAGGCCCAUAUAUGUAGAUGGUAAACCAGUAUUGGCUGGGAACAAGACAAAACUGAACAACAAUUCUGUGGUAGAAAUAGCAUCUCUUAGAUUUAUCUUCCUAAUCAACCUUGAUCUCAUCAAUGUGAUACGACAGGAAACCGCCAAACUUAGUGGACACUAAUGACAGCCCAUCAUAGCUUACCUCAGUGAUAAUUCAAAUAGUAAGAAAUUACCCUCAUCACACACACACCAUGAAAGGCCCCUCAUCAGCAGAAUAUCAUCAUGUCACUCGAAGACGGUGCUUCAACUGGUUUAGGAAUUGUAUGACUAAUUAUGUACUGUUGCUUAUCGUUGAGGUAGAUAGUCUACUUUUUCCCCUCCCUUCAAAAUUUCUCAGAUACCAAAGACAAUGAUGGUCCUCCAUUUACUUUUUGAACCAAGAGAAAUGAUCACAGGUAUUUUUCAUCAGGGUAUAACGGCAAAUAUGUUCAGUUAGUCUCUCACGUACCAUUAAUUGUGUGUAUUUGAGUGGUUGUAGGAAUAAUUUUAAAGUGUAUAUAACUAUAUCUUGACAUGUAACCAAGUGUUGUGAAUAAUUAUAGCAAUACCAUAAUUAUGGAUAGCUAUAAAUGAACCUGUCCAUCAGAAUACAUGUGUAUGAUUUUAUGCACUAAACAAAAAGUACCUAUGAUUACUUGUUUACACAUAAUUUGAUUACAUACUUGUAACUAUAUGAGUACCUGUAAUUAAGCGUACCUGUAAUUAGUAUAAUAUUCUGUAUUUCAGUAUUUACCAAUAUUUCCCUUUUCUAUUAAAAGAAAACAUAAC